AUGCAAUCUUCAAAGUUACUAAGACCUGCUCUUUCACUGAGAAGCACAGCUAUACAAACAUCACACGUGCGAGCAUUUACAACUCUUCUGUCGUCCCGACUCUACUCUACUGAGAACACAGACCGCCUCAAAGCACCCGUCUCACAGAAAUCACAAAUACCCGGUAUGGAGGCCAUCAAGAACACCAUCUCCGAGAACCUCGGCAAGAUUAUCCCUGGAAAUGAAAUGGCAUCACCAGAGAACCAAUUCUCGCUCGAUGCUGUUCCAGAUUUGACUGGCAAGGUUGCCGUUGUCACUGGUGGCUCAGAAGGCAUUGGCUAUGGCUGCACACACACUCUGCUCUCCAAGAACAUCAAGAAGCUCUUCAUCCUUUCCAAGUCCGAUGACAUCUCCGCCGACGCCAUCAACGCUAUAAAAGAGGAGAUGGGUGAGGACAAGGCCAAACGUGUAGUAUGGAUGAAGUGUGACCUUUCGGAUUGGGAAGAGACCGGUCGCACGGCCUUCAAGAUCGCCGAGCAGACAGACAGAAUUGACAUCCUGAUUAACAAUGCCGCACGCGGAAUCAUGACAUACCAGCUCGCCAAGAAUGGUGUCGACCUACACAUGGCAACGAACCAUUUCGGCCACGUCGUACUUACUUCGCAUUUGCUCCCCAUCCUCAAGGAGACAGCAAAGAACGGCGAUAAGGUCCGCAUUGUAUGCACAUCUUCAAACCUUCACGAGCAAACACCCAGCGACACGCAAUUCGCCUCUGUCGACGAGCUCAACACCGACCUCGGCGCACAACCGCAGUACGGACGCUCCAAGCUCGCAGCGCUCUUGUACGCAAAGUACCUCAAUCGCCACCUCACCUCUCAACACCCAAAUAUCCUUGCCAACGCCAUCCACCCUGGUAUUGUCGAGACCAGACAGUCCACGGAGCAUAUCCACGAGGCCUUCCCACUUGGUGGAUACGCCAUGAGUGUUGGUCUUGCGCCGUUCAAGAAGACUCAGUUCGAGGGCGCGGUAUCGACCAUGUACGCUGCUACUACAACUGAGAAGAGCGGUCAGUACAUCUGCCCGCCUGCCACUGUAGAGAAGGGCAGUGACAAGGCGAACGACGUCGAGCUUGGCGAAAGGCUCAUGGACUUGACGUGGAAGGUCGUGAAGGAGAAGACGAAGAGUCAAAGUGCCGACAAAGGGUGUCCGUUCAAGGAGUCGUAA